AUGUGGAUACGCAGGAGACACGCUGUGGACAUACAGGAGACACGCAGGAGACACGCAGGAGACACGCAAGAGACACGCAAGAGACACGCAGGAGACACGCAGGAAAACGCAGGAGACACGCUGUGGACAUACAGGAGACACGCAGGAGACACGCAGGAGACACGCAGGAGACACGCAAGAGACACGCAGGAGACACGCAGGAAAACGCAGGAGACACGCUGUGGACAUACAGGAGACACGCAGGAGACACGCAAGAGACACGCAGGAGACACGCAGGAGACACGCUGUGGACAUACAGGAGACACGCAGGAGACACGCAGGAGACACGCAAGAGACACGCAAGAGACACGCAGGAGACACGCAGGAAACACGCAGGAGACACGCUGUGGACACGCAGGAGACAUGUAG